AUGUCUGCUCAGGAAUCAGCCUUGACUAAGUCUCUCGAUGCUAUCAUGACCCGCCGUAAACAGUCUGGCCUUCCCCUCCUCGCUAUCGAUGGACCCUUCUUAUCCUCUGCUCCGGACUUCUUCUCUAAUGACUACCUCUCAUUGUCCACAAGCCCCUUACUCCGUGAACUUUUCCUGUCUAAGGCCCUUUCUGCAUCCCGUCUCUUCGGCGCGACAGGCUGCCGCCUUGCCACUGGCAGCGGUGAAGGUUACCGUGCUCUCGAAGAGCGUCUUGUUCACUUUUUUCAAUCUCUUGACGCACUGCUCCGCACCUCCGGCUGUGUCGCCAAUGAGGCCUUCUGGUCCAUGGUACCACAACCAGGUAAUGUCCUCAUCUUUGACCAGCUUGUUCACAGUUCGAUCCGCGAGGCGGUGCUUGGAGGAUGUUUUGAAGAAGCACCAUGCACACAUGCACAGAUUAUGCAGGGAUCGGGGACAGUGUUCGUCGCUAUUGAAAGUGUUUACAGCAUGGAUGGAGAUUUCUCGCCUUUGGAGGAUAUCGUGCGCACAGUGGAUGAGUUGGUGCCGAAAGGCCAUGCCCAUAUCUGUGUCGACGAGGCCCAUACUUCAGGAAUAUUUGGACCCGAUGGACGUGGAUAUGUCGCUCUUCUCGGUCUCAAGGGGCGCAUCCACACGAUGAUGCAUACCCUUGGAAAAGCAUGGCGACAUCGAGGAGGUCAGUUCUACCUGGUCGAUUAUGCCAAAGCGUUUGGAUACACCACUACUAUGGCUCACAUGGACGUCUAUAUACUCAACUCCUGUCUCGACAUCAUCUCCGGACCGAAAGGACAGGAGCUCAGAAAUAAACUUAGCCACAUCGUCCAAUAUGCAUACGCCCUCCCCAGAAACGCUUUUCGACCUUUUCCUGCGCAAAUCGUUGCGCUCACCCUCCCUUCCACGCGUGCGUCCGAUAUUGACUUGGACCGUGCCGCCGCCAAGCGAAGUGCCGAACUCAAAUUAUACUCUCCUGCGAUUCCACUACUCACCCCGCACGCUGUCGAGCUUGCCGAAUACCUGAUCGACUGCGGAUACAAUGCUGGUGCGGUCACUUACCCAGCCGUUAAAGUGUCGAGGGUGCGUGUGAUCAUGCAUGCCGGAAAUACGCAGGCAGAAGUAGACAGGUUCGUGGAGAAAGUCGUCGAAUGGGCCACUGAAAAGGAUCAGACAUCGAGCCAAGAGGGGAAUCGCGGUGGCGAGGUACUAUUGCGCAGAGGAACGGGAAGUAACGAAGAGCAAGGCACGAACACUUGCCUUUAUAUCAGAACGAUAGUAGCGUUUAAAGUUGAGACAAGUGAAGAACGAAUAUAG